AUGAGCUUCAAUCACUUUAAGACCCAGGAAGACCAUGAACAACACUCAAGGAUCAUUCUCCAGACUCUUCGUGAACAUCAGCUUUACGCGAAGAAAGAGAAGUGUGACUUCUGGUUAACAGAAGUCAGGUUCCUUGGAUAUGUCAUAUCUGGACAAGGAAUCUCAGUGGAUCCUUCAAAGAUUGCAACGGUGCUGCAAUGGAAACGACCAAAGAAUGUAGCUGAAAUUCGAAGCUUCCUAGGACUUGCGAGGUAUUACCAGCGAUUUGUAAAGAACUUCUCGAGCAUUGCUGCUCCAAUGACUCGAUUGAUGAAGAAGGAAGUCAAGUUUGAAUGA